CGACACUGUAGAUACUUGGAGACGAAACUGAAGUUGACAACGCAUUUGGAAAGGAUAUUGAAUUACUAUCAUAAGAGAAACAUCAGUGGGCAUCUGUAUCAUGACACUCCAUUGCAUACAUCUUUUUCUCUUGCUUCUGCUUGGUUCAUGGUGGCCAGAUUCAGAGAAACAUGUGGUGGGAGCUGCGAAGAUCAGAGAGCACUAUAUUGCUGCUCAGAUCACUAGCUGGACCUACAAACCAGAAUCUGAGGAAAAGUCCAGAUUGGCACAUUCAGAUCCUGUGUUUAAGAAAAUUGCUUACAGAGAAUAUGAAGUGGAUUUUAAAAAAGAAAAGCCAGCAAAUAAAUUUACAGGACUGCUGGGACCAACUCUUCGUGCUGAAGUGGGAGAUACUUUAAUAGUUCAUUUUAAGAACAUGGCUGACAAACCAGUCAGCAUUCAUCCCCAAGGCAUAGCUUACAACAAAGAGGCUGAAGGUUCUCUAUAUGAUGACAGAACAUCAUCUGUGGAAAAACAAGAUGAUGCUGUGCUUCCAGGCCACAUCUACGUAUAUGUGUGGGAUAUUACUGAAGAAGUUGGGCCAAGAGAAGCUGACCUUCCAUGUCUUACUUAUGCCUAUUAUUCUCAUGAGAACAUGGCAAUGGAUUUUAACUCUGGUCUGAUUGGAGCAUUGCUCAUCUGUAAGAAAGGAAGCCUAGAGGAGGAUGGGUCGCAGAAACUUUUCAACAGGGAGUAUGUGCUGAUGUUUGGUGUGUUUGAUGAAAGCAAAAGUUGGCAAAAGUCAUCAUCACUGAAGUACACAAUUAAUGGCUAUGCUGAUGGGACAUUACCAGACUUAGAGGUUUGCACCUAUGACAACAUUAGUUGGCAUUUAAUAGGCAUGAGUUCCAAGCCAGAAAUCUUCUCCAUUCAUAUCAAUGGCCAGACCAUGCAGCAAAGACAUCACCGAGUUUCUACUGUUAACCUAGUGGGAGGAGCAUCGACCACAGUGAACAUGACCGUCAGUGAAGAAGGAAGGUGGCUGAUAUCAUCUCUUGUUCAGAAGCAUCUGCAAGCUGGACUGCAUGGUUACCUCAGUGUAAGAGGCUGCGAGGACAAAGAGGUGAAGAAGAAGAGUCUCUCCUUUAGAGAACGCCUUAUGGUCAAGAACUGGGAGUAUUUCAUUGCUGCAGAAGAAGUUACUUGGGAUUAUGCCCCAAAUAUUCCAGACAACCUUGACAGACACUACAAAGCACAGCACUUGGACAACUUCUCAAAUCUCAUCGGUAAAAAGUAUAAAAAGGCUGUUUUCAGGCAGUAUGCAGAUGCAAGCUUCACCAAGCGCCUGGAAAAUCCUCGACCUAAGGAAACUGGAAUUUUGGGACCUAUUAUCAGAGCUCAACUCAAUGACAAAGUCAAAAUUGUAUUCAAAAAUAAGGCCCAUCGACCCUACAGCAUUUACUUCCAUGGAGUGUCACUUUCAAAAAAUGCAGAAGGAGCUAAUUAUCCUCUGGAUACCACAAGCAACAGCACCCAGAGUACAGGAAUUCAACCAGGGAUGACCUAUACUUAUGAAUGGAAAAUUGCUGAAACAGAUCAACCCACUGCUCAGGAUGCACAGUGUAUUACAAGGCUAUACCAUAGUGCUGUAGAUAUUGAGAGAGAUAUAGCCUCUGGACUGAUUGGUCCACUUCUGAUUUGUAAAAGCGAAUCACUGACCCAGAAGGGUGUGCAGAAAAAAGCAGAUAUGGAGCAGCAAGCAGUGUUUGCUGUGUUUGAUGAAAAUAAGAGCUGGUACAUAGAGGAUAACAUCAAGGACUACUGCAGCAACCCUUCCAGUGUUAAAAGGGAUGACCCCAAGUUCUAUAACUCAAACAUAAUGCACACAAUAAAUGGCUAUGUGUCUGACAGCAGUGAAAUCCUUGGAUUUUGCCAAGAUAAUGUGGUUCAGUGGCACUUCUCCAGUGUUGGCACUCAUGAUGAGAUUGUCUCUGUUCGUCUUUCUGGGCACUCUUUUCUAUAUCAAGGGAAAUAUGAAGAUGUAUUGAACCUUUUCCCAAUGAGUGGAGAAUCAGUCACAGUGGAAAUGGACAAUGUUGGUACUUGGCUUUUAGCAUCCUGGGGUACCCCAGAGAUGAAUUACGGCAUGAGACUGAGAUUCAGAGAUGCCAAAUGUGACUAUGAGGAAGAUUACGCGUAUGAUAUUGUGGAUUUUGCUUCCACUAAGACUGUUAAAAAUGCGCUUUCCACCUCAGUUGAAGAUGAGGGAGAAGAAGAAGAAAGUGAUCAAGAGGACUUGGCUUAUCAGGACUACCUGGCCAAUGCUUACUCCAUCCGAAGCUCAAGGAAGUCAGAAGGCAAUGAAGAAACACAAAACCUUACAGCUCUGGCCUGGGAACAGUACUCUGGCACUGACACUGCGAGUUCUGAAGUGGCUCGUGGCUCAAACCCAGUGUCUAAUAGGAGUAAUGAAUCUGCAAACACUUACAUGCUCUUAGAAAGUCUUACCACUUCUCUUCCCUUAACUGAGGCUGAAAAUUUGACAUUACAGUCAAAUUACGCAUCAGUCACAGCAGAAGAGGAUGUAUUUUUAACUAGCACAAGUGAUGGAAAGUGUGACUUGGUAUUUGAGAAUAGAAGCCUAAGUAAUUAUGGAGUAGAUCAUAGUAAUGUGUCUGGAAGUGAACACUUGUUGAGCAUUGAGGAAACCCAAAUGAAAGCUGCAGAAGAGCUUCUCACUGAUGGAAAUUACAGUCAUUUUUUUUCAGAAAAACAUCAGGAGGAAAGCACAGGAAGAGGAAAUGAUAACAUUGAUCAUAAAAGAAAAAGGCGAAACUCACUGGCCACUAAGUUUUACUCUGUCCGAAAGAUGAGUGCCCUUCUACGUCAUCUACGAAAUAAAAAUGUCUCAUUCUCUGACAAGACAAAUGAACCUCAAUCCAUGCGUCAUCCAGAAAAUACAUCCAAUGUAGCCAUGGUGGGAAUUGACCAGCUUCCAAGUGAUUAUGAUGAUGAACUGGAAGAGGAGGAAACUAAGAUGGGUAAUGACACGCAUGCAAUUAACUUGACACUUGCUUUGGAACUCACUGUAGAAAGAAACGAAUCUAAUGCAUACAGCCUCUCCGGAUUUAAUCUAUCCAAAGAUAAACAAGGAGGCACUUCUUUAGAUCACCCUUUAGGUAAUAUAAGACCUAAUUCCAGUCCUGCAAUAGUGAAGAACUUACUGGAAGCAUCAUUGCCCAGAACUGUCAAGUAUUCAUCUAAAAUGACAAAUGAGGAAUGGAAUUUGGUCUCUGCAAAGGAGAGUCUGGGAUUAGAGGCAAAUUUAGAUAAAUCUGUUAGUGAUAAAUUAAAUCAUGGUCACAGAAAUGGUACAGUAUUCCUAAAUGAGAAGCAUAUGAAGAAGUACUCGCAUCUAACGGAAGGAAAACAGGGAGGGAGCCACAUGCACUCAACUCUGAAAGGAAAGAAGAGGAGCAAGAAUGAUACUUUGAGUACAUUUGGAACCUUCAUCAAAACCCGAAGGAAGAAAAAGGAAUAUCCAAAGACUACUUACUUACUGAGCCCAAGGAGUAAAAAGCCAUCCAAACUCACCAAGCCUACUGUGAAGUUCAACUGCACAUUGUUCCCAAGUGAGGCCAACCACACAACACAACCACAUUACAUCAAUGCAACGGGGGCACCCAAUGAUGUCAACCAUACAGUGCAUCUGAGUAGAGCCAACCACGAAGGGUUGACAAACCACACACUGACCCCACGACAGUUUAAACCAUCAAUCACAAUUGGGCUUCCCAAUGAAAAUGGGGACUAUGAAUAUGUUACGAGAGACUAUUACAGUGAGGAAACAUCAGGUGGUGAAUAUGAAUACCAUUAUGUGAGCUUUGAAGACCCAUACAUGACAGACCCAAAAGUGAAUAUCAAAGAACAACGUAAUCCAGAUACCAUUGCUGGACAUUACUUGCGUAGCAAAGGGAACGAGAGGAGAUACUACAUUGCAGCUGAAGAGGUUUUGUGGGACUAUGCAGGAUUUAAAAAAAGCACAACAAUGAAUGACAAAACACGUCAAAAUGGGGGCAGCAUCAAAUAUAAGAAAGUGAUUUUUCGAAGCUAUACAGAUAGUACCUUUACAACUCCUCAGGAAGAAAAUGAAUAUGAAGAACACCUUGGCAUCCUGGGGCCAGUUAUCCGGGCUGAAGUGGAUGAUGUCAUCCUGGUUCAUUUUAAGAAUAUGGCAUCCAGACCGUAUUCCCUUCAUGCUCAUGGACUCUUCUAUGAGAAGUCCUCUGAAGGGAGCAUUUACGAUGAUGAGUCUAGUGCUUGGUUUAAGGAGGAUGAUGCUAUUCAACCAAAUAACAGCUAUAUAUAUGUAUGGUAUGCAAACAGGCGAUCUGGACCUGUGCAGUCAGGAGCAACUUGUCGGUCCUGGGUCUACUAUUCUGAUUUAAAUAUGGAAAAAGAUAUUCACUCUGGUUUGAUUGGGCCAAUACUGAUAUGUCAGAAAGGAACCUUCAAUAUGUCGAACAACAACAGAACACCGACUCGAGAAUUUUUCUUACUUUUUAUGGUCUUUGAUGAAGACAAAAGCUGGUAUUUUGACAAAUCUUCUAGAAGGCCUUGUACUGAGAAGACCCAAGAGAUGCAAAAAUGCCACAAAUUCUAUGCCAUUAAUGGGAUAACCCACAAUUUGCAAGGCUUGAAGAUGUAUGAAGGUGAGCUAGUCCGAUGGCAUUUGCUGAAUAUGGGAGGGCCAAAAGAUAUUCAUGUUGUUCAUUUUCAUGGACAGACUUUCAUAGAACAAGGAGAGCCAAAGCAUCAGCUUGGUACAUACACACUCCUUCCAGGCUUAUUUCGAACAAUUGAAAUGAAGCCACAGAAACCUGGCUGGUGGCUUUUAGACACUGAAGUGGGGGAAUAUCAACAAGCAGGAAUGCAGGCAUCCUAUAUGGUUAUAGAAAAAGAAUGCAGGAUUCCAAUGGGGCUAGCAAGUGGAGUUGUACUUGAUUCACAAAUCAACGCUUCACAUCAUAUAGACUAUUGGGAACCCAAGUUAGCCAGAUUAAACAAUUCUGGAAGCUAUAAUGCUUGGAGCACUGAAAUGAAAGAGGAUGAACUCCCUUGGAUCCAGGUGGACUUCCAAAGAGAAGUUCUAAUAACUGGGAUACAGACACAGGGAGCCAAGCAGCUUUUAUGGUCCUUUUAUGUCCAGAAGUUCUUUAUUGCUUAUACCAAAGACAGACGGAAGUGGCUUACCUUCAGAGGAGAUAGCUCUGCAGUACAAAAGGUUUUUGAAGGUAAUUCCAAUGCCUAUGGGAUAAAAGAGAACAUUAUUGAUCCACCUAUCAUUGCUAGGUAUAUCCGAGUCUACCCAGCACAGGCCUACAACAGGCCUACUCUUCGCAUGGAGCUCCUGGGCUGUGAAGCAGAUGGCUGCUCUGUGCCACUUGGAAUGGAAAAUGGAGAGAUCAAGAAUACCCAGAUAACAGCCUCUUCCACUAAGACAACCUGGUUUAAUAUUUGGGAGCCUUUCCUUGCUCGUCUCAAUCUGAAAGGAAAGAUGAACGCCUGGCGAGCCAAGUCAAACAACAACCAACAAUGGCUGCAAAUUGAUCUCCUCACAAUUAAGAAGAUAACCGCUAUUGCUACCCAGGGCGCCAAGUCCAUGUCUUCUGAAAACUUUGUGAAAUCGUAUGUUAUCCUGUAUAGCAACCAAGGCUCCGAGUGGAAAUCAUAUACAGAUGAUUCAAGCUCAGAGGCAAAGGUUUUCACAGGUAAUGAAGACAGCAGUGGGCAUGUCAAGCAUUUCUUUAACCCACCUAUCAUGUCCAGGUUUAUCCGCAUUGUUCCAAGAACAUGGUAUCAUGGUAUUGCCCUUCGAGUAGAACUGUUUGGCUGUGAUUUUCUUGGGAAUCUGGCUGUGAAGAGGACUGAUGAGUCCAGGAGCUCUUAACCUUUCUGCAGUCAUCAUGCAGAGCAACAAUUUUUUUUUACCCUUAAAAAGAUCAUACUUAAUAAUUCAGGUGUGUGCUUCAUCAAAGGACCUAAAUGUUUUGCAAGCAAGAAUUGAGAGAAAUUUCUUUGUCAGAUUUUUUAUUUCUAUAAAUAGAUACCUAAGAAAAUAGCUUAUUUUCUAUGGAAAGAAAUAGCAGCAGUAUUUGAAUACCAUUUCUUCAUCCUAGCUGUAAACAGUAGUCUGUCUUGCUUUUUACUUAAAAUUAAGUUCUGAAUCCCUGGGGACAGAGCUCUAGCCUUAAUCCUGAGUCCUGAUUACCCUUGUUUUGUAAUGCUUGUGAGGCACAGAUGAGGAGUAGAAGGCUACUGGUGAGUGUUUUCCAUACAUAGGGUUGAGAAGAAAAAAACAGUGAGAUACAGAGCUGUAGUGCUGCAUUCCAGCAACGCCUCAGUAAGAAGGGAUUGUAAAGAUGGCCUCACUCCUAUGCAUCUUCCAUCUGCCCUGGGAUGGAGGAAUAACACAUCCCAGGAUUGAGGUAUAUGUAACCCCUUCUUGAAGAAUAUUGGUUCAUCUUAUUGAUUAGAUUCUUACAUACCAAGUAUACCUGAAAUGCUAUGGAUUUACUAGCAAUUGAUCUUCAGUGCCCUGGCAAAAGGAAGAAGUGUCACCAAUACCUUUCUUCUGCUGAAAUGGGAAGUGAAGUAAUGUAGCCCUGAUGAUGGUAGGUUGUGGAAUGGCAAAGGUAGAAACAAGAAUCCAAAACUCCCGACUUUCAGUCCCAUACAAAUUUCUAGACCAUGGAGAGGGGAGAGAGAGCUCCCUAGGAAAGGAAGAAAUUGAGAACCAGAGUUGUCCAGUGAGAAUACAUUCUAGCAGUGGCAGAGGAGGGUAGAUGAAACUGGGUGAUAAAAACACCUGCAUCUUUUUUACUAUUUAGCCCUUAAAAGUGUUUUCACUAAUGGAGCCACUAUUGCACAGAAAAUGUAUAUGGAUUUUUCCCAGAAUGACUACAUCUAGUGGAAAUAUAUACAGCCUUUGAAAUUGUCAUUCCAGCAGACUUCUAGCUAAGUGUUCAGCAGUACCUUUGGCUUCUGUCCUGUACACUGUUUAAUUGCAGUACUUCCAUUUAUCACACUAGGAACCCUUUAGCAGAAUGGAAUACCUGUUUUAAUAGUUUGUCUUUGUGCCUUACACAGUGUUUUUUCAGUAGUUUCAAUUUUUAUAUCUUAUAAACUGUUAUAAAAUGAAGGUAUAGA